ACCCAGUCGUAAACAUACUAGGAGAUUUCUUCUUUAACAACAGAAACAACCACACAGUUCGCACAUAUUGUAUUUUUUCGCCACCUUACUUGGUGUUGUCAUCAAAUAUGUCAGGCCGGGAUCCUUUCCCCUCCCCAAAGUUUGAAAACGGCUUCACUCUCAGCGGCUUUCUGCCGCAGCAGAAAAAAACAUUUGAUAAACCAACUCACCUCGCCCAAACUGAGGAACCCUGGAGUCGCCUCCAUGAUACAGCCACUUUGGCCAGCACCCGGCGUAGUGUUCUGCAUUAUGAGCCUCAGGGUCAAAACGACAGCCUCGACUUUCAGCUUAAGUCUGUCUACGAUCACCACAAGGACUUCUUCUGGAGCAAGAACCAGGUUUUAUACCAGAAGGAGACCAUCUCUGAGGAGCAAAGGAAAGAAGAAUAUUUAAAGCAGGACAUGCUGGAAAAGGAACAACAGAAAGACAUCAGAGUGUGGAUCGACCCACAGAGGCGCUCCAUUUACAGCAUUAAAUGAAGCAUAAGUGAA